GCUCUGCUAAGUCACUAGGUGGGCACUUACAGAAAAAACCACUUGUUUCCUUAUAUUCUUCCUCUUUAAAAAUUUAAUCUUUUCUUCUUCUUCUACUCAUCUCCACAAAUUCCAACACUCUCGUUCAAGAAUAAAUAGCCCAGAAAAGAAAAAGAAAAAAAAAACAAAUUAAAUUACAGAAGAAGAAGGCAUGAAUGGCGAAGAAAGCUUCGUUGAAGAUUGCUCUGAGUUUGUUGAAAUUGAUCCUUCUGGAAGAUAUGGAAGAUACGAUGAAAUACUUGGCAAAGGUGCUUCGAAGACAGUUUACAGAGCUUUUGAUGAGUACGAAGGGAUAGAAGUGGCAUGGAACCAAGUAAAGCUUCGGAAUUUCACGAGGAAUCCUGAGGAAUUAGAGAAAUUCUUCAGAGAGAUUCAUCUUCUUAACACACUGAAUCAUCAAAACAUUAUGAAAUUCUACACUUCUUGGGUUGAUACCAACAAUUUGUCAAUCAAUUUCGUCACUGAACUCUUCACCUCCGGUACUCUCAGACAGUACAGGUUGAGACAUAGAAGAGUGAAUAUUAAAGCAGUGAAGCAAUGGUGUAAGCAGAUACUAAAAGGGCUUCUCUAUCUUCAUAGCCGUUCUCCUCCAAUUAUCCACAGAGAUCUCAAAUGUGACAACAUCUUCAUCAAUGGGAACCAAGGAGAAGUCAAGAUCGGUGACCUUGGACUCGCUGCCAUUCUUCGAAAAUCACAUGCCGUUCGUUGCGUUGGGACCCCUGAGUUCAUGGCUCCAGAAGUGUAUGAUGAGGAAUACAACGAGUUGGUUGAUGUAUAUGCUUUUGGAAUGUGUGUGUUGGAGAUGGUCACAUUUGAUUAUCCUUACAGCGAAUGUACACACCCUGCGCAAAUCUACAAGAAAGUUACCUCGGGGAAAAAGCCUGAAGCUUUUUACUUGGUGAAGGACCCUGAGGUUCGUGAGUUUGUUGAGAAGUGUUUAGCUACUGUGACGUGUAGGCUCACGGCUUUGGAGCUGUUACAAGACCCUUUCUUACAAGAUGAUGUCGAUGGGUUUGAUAUGAGACCCAUUGAUUACUACAAUGGUUAUGAUGAAACCGGUGUGUUCCUUAGACAACCUCUGAUCGAUCCUCCUCCUCCUCUUUACCAUGAUGAUGAUGAUCAGUUUGAGUCACAGAUAUGUGAAAUCGAUCUUUUCGCUCAAGACGAUGAAGAAGAUUGCGACCAUGUUGAUAUUUCGAUUAAAGGGAAGAGAAACGGUAACGAUGGGAUAUUCUUGAGGCUCAGAAUCUCUGACGCAGAAGGACGGAUAAGGAACAUUUACUUCCCGUUUGAAACCACAAUCGACACAGCGAGGAGUGUUGCAGCUGAGAUGGUCUCUGAGCUCGACAUAACGAAUCAAGAUGUCGCGAAAAUCGCAGAGAUGAUCGAUGCGGAGAUCGCUGCGUUGGUUCCUGAUUGGAAAAUUGAUCACAGUGUCACAGAAAGCGAAUCAAACGUUGUGAAUGGUGAUCACAAUGCAGGAUACUGUGCUUCGAACGGGUAUAUACAAGAGACCGUAUCAUCAAACAGCGAUAUCUCCGGACAAACAUCUCACCUUCACCAUAAUCAUCAGUUCGAUUGUUCUGACGACAGGAGCUGUGCUUCGGUUCACGGUAGGUUCGGGGAGAUAAGUUACCAAGUGGAAGGACAAGAAGAAGAACAACAACAACACGGAGGUGAUGUAAAAGGGAUUCAUUACGCGGAUAUUUGGGGACUGAGAGACUCGCGUUCUGACGACGGAGAAGAACAGAGCUCGGAUUUGAAUCGGAGGAAGGUUAAAGGUGAAUGGUGGUCGGAGAACGAGAUCAGGAGAGAACUGAGAUGGCUUAAGGCAAGGCAUAGGAUUCAGCUAACGAGAGUUAGAGAUCAGACGAUAUGUGAGAAACCGACGGAGAUAUCUUUAAAGGAUGGGUUUGCGGAGAGGUUUGGGAUCGGAGCUGCUUCAGCUUCGCCACCUCUUCUUUAUAGGGCGAUCUCGCUUCCCGUCGACGCCGUGGAUAUAUGAGAAUGUAAAGUCUAAUUAGUGAUUAUAUUUGCAACAUUUGUUAUUAAUCUUCGUCAAUAACCUUCAAACUUUAUAAAUGCGGUUGAAUCAGUCUAGUGGGUAAAAGUUUCUUUACAGUAAUAGAACUGAUCGAUAAGGC